AUGGUUAAGCAUAACAACGUUAUCCCAAAUGGGCAUUUCAAGGGGCAGACACUGAAGUACAACACGAAAAUCAGAGCUGGUAGGGGAUUUUCGCUGGAGAAGCUCAAGGCUGGUGAUUCUACUCCAGAGGAGUUUGGAACAGCUACUCAAGUCCAAGGUUCUUACAUGCCAAUUGUACGGGAGAAGCCAACUGUGGAGCUUGUUAAGGUCACAGAGGAGAUGAAGUCAUUCAAGGCAUAUGACAAACUACGUUUAGAACGAAAUAAUAAGCGCCAUGUUGGAGUCAGGACACAAGAAGCGGGUAUGUUUACAGUGCCCCAGACUAUAGGCAGCGUCCUAUGCUGCAAAUGCGGCAUUUUGAUGCAACCAAAUGCUGCAAAUAUGUGUGCCAAGUGCUUGCGUUCUGAAGUUGACAUUACAGAAGGCCUACAGAAGCACUUGGUAAUUAUCCAUUGUCCUGAAUGUGAGAGCUAUUUGCAGCCGCCUAGGACCUGGAUGAAAAUGCAGCUGGAGUCUAAGGAGCUGCUGACCUUUUGCAUAAAGAGGUCGAAGAACUUGAAUAAAGUCCACUUAGUUCAUGCAGAAUUCAUUUGGACUGAACCUCACUCCAAGAGAAUUAAAGUUAGACUGAGGGUCCAGAAAGAAGUUCUGAAUGGGGCAGUACUUGAACAAGCUUACACCGUUGAAUAUGUUGUGCAAGACCAGAUGUGCGAGUCUUGUACAAGGGUUCAGGCUAAUCCUGAUCAAUGGGUGGCUGCAGUUCAACUGCGGCAGCAUGUUUCUCACAGGCGCUCUCACAGGCGCACUUUCUUCUAUUUAGAGCAGCUUAUUAUUAAGCACGAUGAAGCUCGCAAUGCAAUAAGAAUUAAGCAGAUGGACCAGGGAAUUGAUUUCUUUUUCGUUAAUCGGAGUCAUGCUGGGAAGUUUGUCGACUUUGUGGGUGAGGUAGCUCCAAUUAGGAAACGAAAUGACAAGCAACUUGUAUCCCAUGAUCCGAAGAGCAACAAUUACAAUUACAAGGUCACUUUCUCGGUUGAGAUAUGUCCAAGAUGUCGUGAGGAUUUGAUAUGUCUUCCACCUAGAGUUGCUGCAAGUCAGGGGAAUCUUGGACCCCUUGUGAUCUGCACCAAAGUGACUAACAGCAUUGCUUUAUUAGACCCAUUUACUCAUAGGCGCUGCUUCUUGAAUGCUGAGCAGUAUUGGAGGGCACCUUUUAAGGCUCUGCUUUCAAGUAGGCAGCUUGUGGAAUAUAUAGUGUUGGACAUUAAGACUGAUUCUUCUGCAGUCAUUGUUGGUGGCUCAAAGUAUGUUGUAGCUGAUGCUAAAAUUGCCCGUGUAUCUGAUUUUAGAAAGAAUGAUAUUAUAUUCAACGUUAGGACACAUCUCGGCCAUCUCUUAAACCCCGGUGAUUAUGCCCUUGGUUAUGACCUAUAUGGUGCGAACAGUAACGAUAUUGAACUAGACAGGUACAAGGGUUUCGUUCUCCCAGAGGUGAUAUUAAUUAAAAAGAGCUAUGAAGAGAAACGUCAAAGGAAGCAAAACAAACCUCGCUCAUGGAAACUCAAAUCUCUUAACAUGGAAAUCGACAAUUCUACUAGGGGUAGAGAUCACGAGGAGAAGAUGAAUGCAGAGUAUGAACAGUUCAAAAGAGACUUGGAGGAAAACCCUGAAUUGAGGUUCAAUAUUUCCCUUUAUCGAAACAAAGAGUACCAGCCAUCAGAAAUGGCUUCCGAGACUGAUGGAGAGGAUAUUCCUUCCAUUCCAAUAGAAGAAUUGCUUGCUGAUCUUGACUUAAGUGACAAGGAACUGGAGGAUGGUAGCAUGAAGGAAUGA